AUGCGGCUUAGAGAAACACUCCUUCUCGGAGUUGCCUCGGCAAACGAGUGGAGCUCCAAAUGGAACCCAUGGAACUGUCCCUCCUCCUGCAAAGAACAACUCACCAACUUUGCGUACGAGUGCGACAACAACACCCCUUUGCUGGAGGACUAUCUUAACGAGAGUUGCUCAGUCAAUGAUUACAACUCACCGACGACUGGCACUGGCGAAACUGGAACGUCUUGUUACAUCUGCCCAUGCAAGAAGAUGCCUUUCGUACAAUGCUCUCGAGAUCUCAACAAUUUGAUUGCAACAACCGAAGGCCAGCAAUGCUUUGGAAGCGUCGGCGAUGGAGUUUGCUCUUGUACCAAAAGCAUUGAGAAUGAAUCCGACACUGAGGCUAAGUGCAUCUCUGGUGUGAGCUGUUUCUAUGACGUGCUUAAAAUGGACAACCGGGCCGGAUAUUCGUGCAAUGCAAUUACUUCCGACUUUGAUCUCGUCCAAAGCAAAGUCAACUUUGCCACUGACUGCAGUCAGAAUCUCAUUGGUCACAUCGAGGGCUACGAUGGAGAUCCAAACUACUAUCGACCAACUGCCAACGAUCCGUUCCCUGAGCGCAACGCUGCUACCAUUGCUGGUGCCGGUCGCCAUUUGACUCAUCACGUUGACUACCAUCGAGAGAUUUUCAGCAGACGCAACACAGAAGACGAGCUCAACGAUCUGCCAGGACCUGUCGACGCGCAAGAGUUUUGGUACGGAAUCGUUCGAUCUUCGGGCGUCACUGAUGAUAUCCUUCACACCACCGAUAACACCCUGCAAAAUCUCCGUGGUAAGGUUUCCAGUGCAUAUGCUUCCCUUCAGCGCUUGCGAAAGAUCAGAGAAGAAAAGUGCCCGGAUCGAGUAUGCCAAUGCGAACCAGGCUACAACUGGGAUCCGGUAAACAAAGAAUGUGUCAACUGUGGAUAUGGAUUUGAAUGGAACCCCGAGACCAAUGAAUGUGUCAAAUGCGAAGAGGGAUAUGAUCAAACAAAUGGCGUCUGUUACUAUUGCGAAGAUUACUACGAAUGGGUUGGAAUUUGUCGAAAAUGCUUAGAAGACUGGGAUCCCGAAACUAGAAAAUGUGUCUACUGCGAAGACGGACACGAAUGGGAUCCUGAUCUGAAGGAGUGUGUUGAAUGCCCCGAAGGUUGGAGUGAAAUCACUCGUGAUUGUGAGUUUUGCUACGGAAACAGCGACCUUGAGGACUUCUGGGACCCGGAAUUGGGCGAGUGUGUUUAUUGUCCACCUGGAUCUGAACACAAUUAUGACAACUACGGUGAAUGCGUUCGAUGUGAAGAGGGAUACGACCAACUUUCAAAAAGAUGCUACCUUUGCCCUCUUGGAUACUUCUGGAAUGGCAUCAUUUGUGUGAAAUGCCCAGAAGGAUAUGACGAGGACGGCUGUGUGUAUUGCGAGGACGGUUCUGUUUGGGAUCAGCAAGUUGAAGAAUGCUACGAGUGUCCAGAAUAUUGGGACCCUCUUUACAACGAGUGCAAAGAUUGUAAGGAUAUUUACGGCUCUGAGUCAUACUGGGAUCCAGUCGCUGAGUUGUGCGUCUACUGUCCUCUCAAUCAUGAACUAAAUUAUGAAACUGGCGAAUGUGAUCGUUGCGAGGAAGGCUGGAAUAGCGAGACAAGACGAUGUGUGUAUUGCGAUGAUGGAUACGAGUGGAAUGGAAUUGGAUGUAUCAAAUGUCCUGAAGGCUGGGAUCCGAUCUCUCGAGACUGCGUCUACUGCGACCCCUAUGAAUACUGGGACCCCAUUGAUGGACACUGCAAGGCAUGCCCAGAAGAUUGGGAUGAACUUUACGGUUGUGUUCCUUGCCCUGAUAACUCACUCUGGAAUCCGGAAACUCUCGAAUGCGAAGUGAUCAACACUGAUUGCGGAGAAGGAUACGAGUGGAAUGGCGUUGAGUGCGUCCCAUGUCCUGAAGAUUGGAAUGAAAUUGAUGGAUGUGUUCCGUGUCCAGAAGGAUUCCCCUGGAAUCCUAUCACCCAAGAGUGUCAGUACGACAAGAUCACCAAUAACAUUGAGACACUCCUUGUCAUUGGCGGGGAAGGCGAUUCGAAUCAAUAUGCUCAACGAACUGAUGCGUUCAUCUACUGCGCUAAUGAUACAAACGCAAAUCACGUCGACUUCAACCGAGAUGUCGUGACCAAUGCCUACCGAUCGGAUCUUAUUGCCAAUUCAGCGUCUCUUCGAGUUGACUACCGAUCUGAGCUUCAACGAUUGGUCUUUGGCGGUCGAUUCCAGCCGACUCAAGUAAGAUCCAUUUUCCCAAAAGGUCGACAUGGUGACUCUCGUGGCCUCCGAAUGGAACCGCUAAAUAUUGCUCUUGGAGAAGACUUCCAUGAAGGAUGGCUGAUUCCAUCAUCUACGAGCCCCGAUUAUAACGGAAAUUUGCAGAGCGAGUUCGGUAAAAUUCAACAUGAUGGUGUCACUUGUGCCGAUUAUACAGUCUGCGCCAGGCGCAACUUCCUCAUUGGUGGUGAGAUUACCGGCAACACCAAGAGUCAUUCUAUCUUGGAAUGGAAUGAGACUGGAUUCCUUCAAGGCCAAAAGAACCUCGUAAUCGGUCGUGCUAACACUGCAACUGUCUCCGGAAUGAACCAUCUAUGCAAUGGAGUCUUCAUCAUUGCUGGCGAAGGAAAUACCCAGGCUGGCGGUUCUGCGGAAUUCGGGUCAGUUACUGCUACAGAGUGUUUUGAUGGAACAAGCUCGAAGAUAAUUCCAGAGAUGGACAUAAGCAACAUCUUCUCGGGUCUUUAUCAGCACUCAGCUGUUAUUGUUCAAAAGGACGGCCAGACUGGUGAUGAUAUCUACGUCCUUGGAGGGAUCGCUUCUUCGCGAAACGGAGGUAGUUCGUCAAAUACUGAUAGAAUUAUCCGAUUCCGACACUUGGAAAACCAGUGGAUCAACGCUGGUCAGAUGCUGAGAAAGGUCGCUGGUCACAAAUCUUUCGUCACUUAUCCUAAGUCAAACGGCAUCGACAACUUCGGUGAUUUCAAUAUCUUCACUGUUGGUGGCGAAGGUGGCAAUGAUAUUCCGAUGCAGCGAUGCGACGAGUACGGAUACUGCUACAAGGUCGAAACUGAAACCUACAACAAUCGUCAUGAUCAUAGUAUUUUGGUUUUCCGAGCAAAUGAGUUCAACCUGAACGAUCUCCCAUUUUACGAAGAACACUGUCCCGAUCUGUGA